CGUCCCCCGUAUAGUGAGAUUUCCAGCCGUCCGCUGAGGCAGCGGCUGCCUUGGAAUCGAAACUUAGCUGGAGACAGUAGAGCUUGGGCAUCUCUCACGAAAUCUCCGUUGCUGCUGGACUUUUUGUAGUUUUCCCCCCCGCGUCGGUUCCACUUUUCAUCCGCAAAAACUGUCCGUCUUCUGUAUUCUACCACCAAAGUUCAAUGAACUUUCUCACUUCAUCGGUAAAUAAUCAUGGACUCUGUACGAGAAAACCGAAAAGAAAAUAUAAGAGCGGCUCUGUCAUUUAUACAGUCUCCAUUGGCUUUUCCAGAUCCUGACGGCUAUCAGGACUUUCUGACCAGCUUAGUGUGCAACCUGCUCGAUGAGGGCAAUGCCUUCUUUCGAGAAAAAGAGUGGGAGCAGGCCGUUGGAGAAUACACUGAGGGCCUUAAAGUCUCAUGCUACGCUGAAGGUGAGGAGAUCCAGAUCCCGAAAGCUUUGCUGGAGAGCCUGUAUGUGAACCGAGCUGCUGCCUACCACAGCAUGGGAAAGUAUGACGAAGGUGUGGAGGACUGUAACAACGCUCUGGUGGUGUGUAAGGAGAGCCGCAGAGCUCUGUACAGGAAGGCUCUGUGUCUGAAGGAGCUCAGCAGGUACAUGGAGGCGUACGACUGCACCUCCGUCUGUCUGCUCAGUAACCCUCAGGAUAAGCAGGUGAAUGAACUUGAGCGGGACUUAGCCGUCCAACUGAAGAUGAAGAUUCGAAAACCCUACGUCAGCUCAAAGGUCGCUCUCUUUCCUUUAGGGAAUGGUCCAAGUGUUGUUGCACCAGACAGCUCCCACAGUGUUCCCUCCACACCUCCCAGCUCCAGCCAACCUGCUGCUUCUGUGGUUCCUGACAGGGUGGAGGACUCGGAGCUGAUGGGAGACGACUUGGACAUUCUGCUUGACAGCCUUUCAUCGGAGCAGGGACUAACGGGGGCAGAAUUCUCAGACCAGACAGACAACAGGAUGCCCACCUCCUCUCACACUGUCCCUCCCAUCCUACCUGCCCCGACUCCACAGCUGCCCCCGGCCUUUUUCAGUUCACCCAUCAGCCAGCUCAACUGCUUGGACUCCUUUUUGACAGCUGACAGCGGGCCUGCUGCUACAACUUUGAAUGUGUUGGAUGACCUCUUCACCUCAGGAGCUGAAACGGCUUCAGAUGCUCCAAACUUUGUGUCCGCCUCUAUGACCUUGGAUGCCCUUGACUCGCUGGACUCCUUUGAUGAUUUUUUGGAUGUGACCCCCAGUGCUGUUGCUGCUAAGGAGCCUGAGACGGAGCAGGAUUUAGGAGUAAAACCUCUUGACCUACUGGAUGAAGUAGACUCGAUCAGAGCGGUCUCUGAUACAAACGAUCACGGUGGUGACGUAAAAGUUAAGAUGAAAGCCACAAAAAGGCUGGACUGUCUAGAUUCUCUAGACUCUUUCUCCACGAUGGAAGACAACAGAGCUGCUGCUGUUUCAAUCAGGGGAGCAGGCCCAGACUUGCGCUCUGAUUUCAGCUCAAGUGGUUUUGCAGACUCUUACAGCGCUGCUGCUGCUGCUGUAACACAAUCCCCCAAAAACCAGUACAAAGUGGGUAAUAACCAUGGAAGUGUGGUCUUUAACCCUUUGUCUUCCACGCACGAGUUCCUGCAGGCCUGCUCCCUCUGUUACCCACGAGAAGGUCCAGGGAUUUAUAGUUAUGUCCACAAGCCAGACCUCGUCCACAACUGCAAGCAGGACAUUCUGUUAUGUAGGAGGAAGGCUGGUUCUCCUUCAGAGUGGACUCGCGUGCGACCUAUUCCUACCAAUACAUCCUUCUGGGGUCCGUUUGUGCUUUGUAGAGAGCUGAUCAAUUCUGGGGACCUGGGGGUGUGUAAGUACGGAGAGAAGUGUACAUUUGCCUACAACCAGCUGGAGAUUGAUGUUUGGACCGCGGAGAGGAAGGGGAAGCUGAACAGAAACCUGCUGUUUGAGACGACAGCGAGCAAACUGGAUCCCGUGAUUAGUGUCAUACGUCUCCUAGAGGAGCACAAGGGCAUGUUUAUUUUCCUCUGUCAGGAAUGCUACGACAGUAAACCUAGGAUCAUCAGUAAGCGAUUCAGUGAAAAUCCGGCUAUCUGCUCUAAUUUGGACGUUUGUCACAACUUUGACACUAAUAAGUGCUUGGCGUUUGUGGUGAGGACCCACAACAUUAACUACAGCAAGGUUCGUCCACUGAGUGGUUCGUGCCACUUGGAUUUGUGCCAUCAGGCCAUCCGAUAUGGCUGCCAGCGAGAGAACAGCUGUGUGUUUGCCCACUCCAUCAUAGAGCUAAAAACCUGGAAAGUUCAGCGUCUUACAGGUAUCAGCUCUGAAAAAAUUGUGGAAGCAUCCUUGAAGCAUUAUAACAAGCUGGAGCAAAAUUCUAAAAAGGAAAAAGGGAACAGACCAUCUUCUGGAGGAGGUGGAGGCAAGCCAAAAGGAGGAGGAGGGAAGAGUCUUGAUAUGAAGAUGAAGUUUGUGUGCGCUCAGUGCUGGAGGGGCGGACUGAUCAGCGAACCUGACAAAGCUCUCAAAUACUGCAACGCCAAAGCCCGGCACACGUGGACCAAAGACAGACGGGUGCUGCUGGUCAAGUCCCCGGAGAGGAGUAAAUGGGUUCAGGUCCGACCGCUGCCGCACGCCAAGAACCCCCCCCUGUAUUACGAUAUGUGUGCUCAGAUUCUGGAGAAGAGGAAAUGUAACUACACUGGGAACUGCACCUUUGCUCACAGCCAAGAGGAGAGGGAGAUGUGGAUGUACAUGAAGAAUAAUGACUUGCGGGACAUGCAGCAGGUUUACGACAUGUGGCUGGCCUUAACCGCCCAAAGCCGCCCAGCAGAUGGAGCCACGUUCUCUCAGCCCAGCUCUGAGGAGAAAUUCAUCGCCAUGCCAACAGAUUGUGCUGAGAGCGGCCUCCACUGCCGCCUGUGUGGUAAAAACAGCAACAGUGAGCGGCAGUGGCAGCAGCACAUUUCCUCCGAGAAGCACAAGGACCGAGUGUUCAGCUGCGAGGGAGAAGACGAGGCUCUGACGUGGAGCUACCGCUUUCCUGGGACGCGCUUUGAAAUCUGUCCCAAGGCUGAGGCCAAGUGUCCUGACGGUGCGAGCUGUGACUACGCUCACAGCCGAGACGAGCUUCGGGAGUGGAUCGAGAGACGCAAUUUCCUGCGACAAAAACUAGCCAAGGCCAGAGAGGACAUGCUCAUCAUGCCUGAUGAGUUAGACUUUGGGAAGUUCAACUUUCUGCUGCAGGACUGAGAAUAACCUGACUUUUUGAGCCACUUUUUCUUACUGCCAGGAUAGCAGAGCGAAUGUAUUACGCCCUUUGAACCUUAAACCAAAGCCUUCAGGUGAUGUGGUCAGUAGUCGCAGCUAGCCAAAUGAUUCUAUUGCACAUGGAUCUGCCUUCCUACAACGCUGCAUGCCAUUUACUUUACAUUAAUGAAUGUUUUAAUGACUUCAAUGUGGGGAGCCGUGUGUUUAGCUCCCGUUGCAUCAGUCUUAAACAAAAUAAGUUCUUUAAAAUGAGUUCUUCUGUUGGUAUCACUGUGAAAACAACCAUCACAUUCAGUCAUACUUGAAGCAGGAUGAGUGCUUCUGUUUUAUUUCUGUGUCAAUUUUAUUCUGCAGUUCAAAAAGAUUAGGAGAUUGAGAACUAUGAGCGUUCAUUUAAACACUCGACAUGCCAGAAGUGUUUCUGUUUCACUUCUGAUGUUGUCUGCAGCAGUUGAGUAAUGUAGCAGAUUUAUUAUGAACCAUGUUUAUUUGCUGCUUAAAUGUAAAAGAGUGACUGUUUCAACAACACUGUAAGAGUUUCAGACCAGUCCUGCUGCUCCACAUUUGAGAUGAUUUGCCAGAAGAUUUGUAAUUUCUCCAAAUGUCGUACACUGAAUGUGAACGCCCCGAGUUCUCUGUGGUUUAAUGAACAGUUUAAGCCCAUCCGUCAAAAGUUUGCCCCCUGAAAGAUGACAAAUAAAAAUGUGUUUAACGUUU